GCCAGCUGCUGCAGCGCGAGGGACCGGUGCGCCGUUUCUCACCGUUUCGACUCGCCUUGUUUGCCUCCAGUCCGGCUGUAGCUCCGAGCGUCUGCGCGGCGUGUGGAUGAGGUACAGAGGGAACAACCGGGAGCGCACGCACGCACACACUGGCUGAAGCAGCCAAGUUAACUCCCAGCAGACCCGCCGGGGACUCAGACAGACUCGGGAGUUUCAUUUCGCAGCCAGACCGGGGCGCAUCUCGUCUCCUUGAAGUGAUCCUUUUCUAUGCGGGCUCUCCGUCGCGCUCCCGUCGGAAGGAGUCUGGGUGCACGCACUAGAAGAGGAGGAGGAGGAGGAGGAGGAGGAGGUGGGGAGAGAAACGAUCAUUACUUUUGAACAGACGCUCGGACAUGGAGCUGUCCGUCCGGGCGCACUCUGCGUUGGGAAACCCCAUCAUCUGUCCGCUGUGAGGAACGCCGAAAAUGCAGCAAAACCCCAGCCAUCUUUGAGUAGUUUAUGAGGGAUUCUUUUUCAAAAAGAGAACGGGAGAGGAAGGAAGAAGGGGGGUGCUCUCGGACUCAAUCGGAUCACUCUCCACGCCGAGAGUCUGGGUUUGGCACGGAGCUAUGACGAAAAUGUUUGGCGACCUCCGUAUGAAAACGGCAGAUCGCUGAAAUAAUUCUGGCUUUCCGUCCUCCUACUGCAACACCUUGAAGCGCUGUUACCAGCCUCCAGAACCACAGCAACACCAUGGCCUCAGCACUGUGGAGGUGUCCGGCCUUUCCUUGCCUCCUGCUUCUUCUCCUUUGCUUACACUGCUCACAAGGGUUCAGCCGUGCGGCCUUGCCUUUCGGGCUGGUCAGGAGAGAGCUCUCAUGCGAAGGAUAUGCAAUUGAUCUCCGCUGCCCGGGGAGUGAUGUCAUUAUGAUCGAGACGGCCAACUACGGCCGGACCGACGACAAGAUCUGUGACGCUGACCCGUUCCAGAUGGAGAAUGUCAACUGCUACCUCCCCGAUGCCUACAAGAUUAUAUCACAAAGGUGCAACAACCGUACGCAGUGUGUGGUUGUCACUGGCUCUGAUGUCUUUCCUGAUCCAUGCCCUGGCACCUACAAGUACUUAGAGGUCCAGUAUGAGUGUGUUCCUUAUAUAUUCAUUUGUCCGGGGACUCUGAAAGGAGUGGGAGAUGCCACCUUCCUGUUUGAGGCUGAGCAGCAAGCAGGGUCAUGGUGCAAAGACCCGCUGCAGGCUGGAGACAAAGUCUUCUUCAUGCCCUGGACGCCGUACCGCACUGACACCCUCAUCGAGUACGCCUCCCUGGAGGAUUUCAAAAGCGGUCGACAGACGACCACCUAUAAACUGCCCCACCGUGUGGAUGGGACAGGCUUUGUUGCAUAUGAUGGUGCCAUCUUCUUCAACAAGGAACGCACACGCAACAUUGUGAAGUUUGACCUUCGUACGCGCAUCAAAAGCGGCGAGGCCAUCGUGAACAAUGCCAACUACCACGACACUUCGCCUUACCGCUGGGGUGGCAAAACAGACAUCGACCUUUCAGUCGAUGAGAGGGGAUUGUGGGUAAUCUACGCCACGGAGCAGAACAAUGGACGCAUAGUGGUGAGCCAGCUCAAUCCGUACACUCUCCGGUUUGAAGGCACCUGGGAAACGGCGUACGACAAGCGAUCAGCCUCCAACGCCUUCAUGGUGUGCGGUGUGCUGCAAGUUGUCCGCUCAACCUACGAGGAGAACGAGAGCGAGGCCAGCCGUAGCCAGAUCGACUACAUCUACAACACCAAGCUGAACCAGGGCGAGUACACCGACCUCCUCUUCCCAAACCAGUACCAGUACAUCACCGCUGUGGAUUACAACCCCAGAGACAACCAGCUGUAUGUGUGGAAUAACUUUUACAUCCUGCGUUAUGACCUGGACUUUGGGCCACCUGAUCCUGCAGAAGUCCCGACCAUCGAGGAUGUCUUGGUCUCAUCAUCUGUGCCCAAAUCCACCACGGUGUUCACCACAACCGUCGCGCCCACCACGAGAGGCCAUGUCGAAACGACGGCAGCAGGAGCAGAUCCAAGAGAGGGAAGAAAUCCAUUUGAGGACAAUCGUGGCUCUGUGACAGCUGAGCCCACUGCCCCCGAGCUGCCUCGAACAGUCAGGCGCUUCUGUGAGGCAACGAGGAGGAGAGCCAUCGACUGGCCCCAGACCCACGUCGGGAUCACAGUGGACAGACCUUGCCCAAAAGGCACCAAAGGCAUUGCCACUUUUCUCUGCGCCGUGUCUGGGACGUGGUGCUCCAAAGGGCCAGAUCUCAGCAACUGCACCUCCCACUGGGUGACUCAGGUGGCACAAAAGAUCCGAAGUGGCGAGAAUGCAGCAAACCUAGCCAACGAGCUGGCGCGGCACACCCAGGGCCCGGUGUUCGCCGGAGACAUCAGCUCCUCCGUGCGGCUGAUGGAGCAGCUGGUGGACAUCCUGGACGCUCAGCUGCAAGAGCUCAGGCCCAACGAGAAGGACUCAGCUGGACGCAGCUUCAACAAGCUUCAAAAAAGAGAGAAGACAUGCCGAGCGUACAUGAAGGCAAUUGUGGACACUGUUGACAACCUCUUGAGGUCAGAAGCGCUAAAGUCCUGGAAGGACAUGAAUGCCACAGAACAAACGCACGCCGCCACGAUGCUGCUGGACACGCUGGAGGAAGGGGCGUUCGUCCUCGCAGAAAACCUCAUCGAGCCUGCCAUCGUGAAAGUGCCCGCGGAGAAUAUCAUGCUGGACGUUUAUGUGAUAAGCACGGACGGUCAGGUGCAGGACUUCAGGUUUCCACAGACGAGCAAGGGGGGAGCCAGUCUUCAGCUUUCCUCCAACACAGUGAAAGUCAACAGCAAAAACGGUGUGGCCAAGCUGGUGUUUGUGCUCUACAAACACUUGGGUCAGUUCCUCAGCACAGAAAACGCCACACUGAGAGGAAUGGGAGAUCUCACCAAACACAAUCUCUCCCUCACUGUCAACUCCCACAUCCUGUCAGCCUCCAUCACAAAGGAGUCCAGCCGUGUUUUUGUCGCUGACCCGGUGAUCUUCACUCUGGAGCACCUGGAUAAGGAAAACUAUUACAACCCCAACUGCUCCUUCUGGAAUUACUCCGAGCGAAGCAUGAUGGGAUACUGGUCCACUCAGGGCUGCAAACUGUUAGAAACCAAUAAGAGCCACACCACUUGCUCCUGCAGUCACUUGACCAACUUCGCCAUUCUCAUGGCUCAUCGGGGAAAUGUGAGGGAGGGAGGCAUGCAUGAGCUCCUUCUUACCGUCAUCAAGGAUGGCAUCGCUGUAUCUCUGGUCUGUCUGGCCAUCAGCCUCUUCACCUUCUGCUUCUUCAGAGGCCUGCAAAGUGACCGCAACACUAUCCACAAAAACCUCUGUCUCAACCUCUUCAUAGGAGAGCUUCUGUUUCUUGUGGGCAUCAACAUGACGGAACCAAAGCUGGUGUGCUCCAUCAUUGCCGGAGUCCUCCACUUUUGCUUUCUGGCUGCAUUCACCUGGAUGUGUUUGGAGGGCGUACAGCUCUACCUCAUGCUGGUCGAGGUCUUCGAGAGCGAGUUCUCACGCAGGAAGUAUUACUACAUCUGCGGCUACCUCAUCCCGGCUCUGGUCGUGGGCAUCUCAGCAGCCAUCGACUACAUGAGCUACGGCACACAGCAGGUAUGCUGGUUGAGAGUGGAUAACCAUUUCAUCUGGAGCUUCAUUGGACCCGUGACCUUGAUAAUAGUGGUCAAUGUCAUCUUCCUGGUGGUGACGAUCUACAAGAUGGUGAAGCAUUCCACCUCCAUGAAACCCGACUCGAGCAGGCUGGGGGGUAUCAGGUCAUGGGUGUUGGGAGCGUUUGCCUUGCUUUGUCUUUUGGGACUCACGUGGUCUUUCGGCUUGUUCUUCCUCAAUGAAUCAUCGAUUGUGAUGGCUUACCUCUUCACCAUAUUCAACACUUUGCAAGGGAUGUUCAUCUUCAUCUUCCACUGCCUGCUGCAGAAAAAAGUCCGGAAAGAGUACAGCAAAUGUUUCCACCAAUCCCAGUGUUGUGGUGCGCUUCCGUCUGAGAGUUCCCACAGCUCCGCCAAGGCAGCCACGUCUCGAUCCACAGCCCGCUACUCAUCUGCUACACAGAGCCGCAUCAGGCGGAUGUGGAACGACACUGUGAGAAAGCAGACGGAGUCCUCCUUCAUCUCAGGCGACAUAAACAGCACCUCCACCCUCAACCAGGGGAUGACUGGCAACUACCUCCUAACUAACCCCCUCCUCCGAACCCACGACACUAACCCCUAUAACAACCUGCUGGCAGAAACAGUGGUGUGCAACACCCCCUCUCCACCGGCCUUUCACUCCCCAGGACAGCACUCUCUCAGCAACAGCAGGGACAUCAGCGCCAUGGACACCCUUCCCCUCAACGGAAAUUUCAACAACAGCUACUCCCUGCGCGGCGACGACUAUGAGACCGUGGGCGUUCGAGCCCCAGGUGACCUGGGGGGCCUCAACUUGGAUGACGCGGCUUUUGAGAAAAUGAUCAUAUCUGAGAUCGUCCACAACCACCUGAGGCCCCGCGGGGCUCCCAAAUUUCGCAACACUCCCAGAGAAAGGGACAGAGCCCUGCCUCCUCAGACGAGGGUGACACUAGACCAGAGCGGGAGCGGCAGCGAGGAUGACGCCAUCGUGGCAGAUCACACUGAAGCCUCAUCUCCUCAGAGAGGAGGUGGAAGAGGCGGUCAAACCACCCUGGAGCUGCUCCUGCACCCCCACCAUAAGGAGGUGCUGGAGGCCCCCCUCCUGCCCCAGAGGACUCACUCUCUGCUCUAUAGCGCCCAGAAGGCCCCCAGGCGCCUGGAGGGACAGAACGGCCAUGGCAACGAGCCUGUGACCACAGUAGAGGACACGGGAUCUCACUCCCCCAACAACAACAGAGACUCACUUUAUACCAGCAUGCCAAACCUGAGAGACUCACCCUCGCCUUCAGCUUCGCCGUACCCCCCCGAGGAAGAGGAGGAGGAGGAGCUCUCCCCCUCACCUCACAGCGAAAGUGAGGACACGCAUCGAAAAAGCAUGCCGGAACUCGGCGAUGCUCCCCAACCGAUGUCCUACUACCACAUAAACCGAGGCACCAGCGACGGGUGCAUUAUCCCCCCCAACAACGAGGACUGUGCUCAGGAGGGAGAGGUCCCCAGCGAUGGACAGAUGCAGCUCAUCACCAGCCUCUGAAAAAGACAACUUUGCACAGAUUUUUUAAUCAGCUGGACGUUUUUUGCUUCAGCUGAUGUCUAAAGAAGCGUUGAGCCUGGCUCUGCACAUGCCCUUCCUGUUGGGGCAGGAAGUUGAAAGUUGCCGGGCGGGAGUAGAUAUGAAUGAACGACUUUUGCACACAGAUCUCAUUUACACACGAAACACAUCCAACUGAGGCCGGACGAAUGUGGGCCGCGGACGCUCUGCUGUUGGACUAACGAGGUGCAGAGGAUAUCACACAGUUUCAGAGAUAAGUCUGGCCUUUCUGUUGUACUGGGAGAAAAAUCAUAGAGUAAAGGAUUGAAAAAAAAACUCCAAGUAAAGAACCAUGAAACUCUUGACAUAUUCCUGGGGGGCUUUGUUGAACCAGGGCCUUUUUUUUUUUAGAAGCGCAGAACUAGAACUAGUGAGGCUCCACUACACCAUCAGGACUGUAAAGUUAAGAAACCACUAAUUCAGACUCAGGCCUUAUAUUUUCUCUAUUGCACAAUUAACUGUUGUACAUGUAACAGCUGAAAAAAUAUAUUUUGCUGUACCACUAGUGUAAAUGAAAAAAAAAUCAAAGGAAAAAAAGAUUCAGUAGUUAUGCCCUUUCAAUGUUACGAUUGUUCAGACAAGGUUAAUCAAAAACUUCAGAAAUGUGCGUUUUCCUCUCACACACGACUUGUUGUAUGUUUGAAUAGAAAAAAAGAAAAAAAAAACAUCUUUUGCCAGACAUCGGUCCUUAUGAACCCAUUUUCAAGUCUCUGCUUGUGAAGUGCUUUUUUGAUUUUAUGAAUGACGAGUUAUUUGCCAGUAGUUUCUUCGUUGACACCGGGCCAUGCACACAUUUACAGUAGAGUGAAUUGGAUACAUGUGUAAUUUAUUUGACUUGAAAGAACUCAAGGACUUGUGUUCAUGUCAUUGCGAUAUUGCAGUUUUCGGGGGACGUGUUUCAUCCUUUGACACUAAUUAAUUUAUUAAGUAUUCAAUAAUUAAAAUGAAAAAAAUAAAUAAAUAAAAUAAAGACCAUGGUUGGGAAGUGUGAAAAGUUGUUGCAGCACUGAUUAGGUUCAUUUUGUUUCUUUUGUAAGAGCCCAUUAUCAGCUGAUAUUUAAUUCAACUCCUGUUUGAUAUCAAAUAAAUGUGAAUUUUUUCUUGUU